AUGGAAGCAAAGGAAACUCUCAAUGAGCAUCCUCUGCUAGAAGAGGAAUGUGCCGCGCUCGGACACCGACUAGCUGUCUUAGCUGAGCGGCGGCACCCGGGAGGCACUCGGGACUGCCGGGGUCCGCCGUUUGGCGCUGCGCCACGUGCUUUGGUCGGUGCUGAUGUCAAGUGGGUGUGGGCUCUUCGGGAAGGCCCAGACGAAGACCAGGAGGGCGCGGGAUGUGCCGCGGGCGUGCUGAGGCCCGGGCACGCUCCGCCGCCCAGCGCCGCUGACCGGUGGCCGGCCGGGGCUUGCCCAGCGGGCGCAUGGAGCCGCGGCGCUGCUCGCCCCGGGACGCGUGCCCUGCCGUCCUGGGGGGCUGGCGGGGACCGCCGCGGGGGACUUGCAGGUGUGUGCGCGUGCCUUAACUUUCGGGACUGCGGGCUGGUAGGCCCCCGGGCGGGCUAUCUGGCUGGCAGGGAGCAGAGUGCACGGAUUGCAUUUGGGGUUGCUUUUGUGUCUGGGCGCGGGCGUGACGAGAACCAGUUCCUCUCCUGCCGACCAUUGGCACGCCGGGGCCCCUGCCCCUCCUCCUCCGCCUCCCCACCCACACUUGCCCGGAGCCGGCUAAGGGAGAGAAAAGAGGCCCUACUUUCUCACCCUAGAGGAAUCUUUGAUGACCAGGGUCCCCAAACAUUAGUGGCCUGUUGUUGUGUCUGUAAUCCCAUCCAUUCACAUGUUUUCCCAUUUACCAUCUCUCUCUUUCUCUUUAGCCAUAACCAGCAGACCACAGCAUUUAGGCAUCCUGUGACCGGGCAGUUUUCUCCAGAAAAUAGUGAAUUCAUUCUUCAAGAAGAGCCAAAUCCACAUAUGUCGAAGCAAGAGAGAAACCAAAGACCGUCCAGCAUGGUCAGUGAAACGUCCACAGCUGGAACCACUUCUACCUUAGAGGCCAGGCCUGGACCCAAGAUUAUAAAGUCCAUCAAUAAAGUUCACAGCUUUGGGAAGAGGGACCAGGCCAUUCGGAGGAACCCCAAUGUUCCAGUGGUGGUAAGGGGCUGGCUGCACAAACAGGACAGCUCUGGGAUGAGGCUGUGGAAGAGGAGGUGGUUUGUGCUUGCUGAUUACUGCUUGUUUUACUAUAAAGACAGCCGAGAAGAAGCGGUCCUCGGGAGCAUCCCUCUGCCCAGCUAUGUGGUCUCGCCUGUGACCCCUGAGGAUCGCAUAAGUCGCAAGUAUUCCUUUAAGGCUGUGCACACGGGGAUGCGAGCGCUCAUCUAUAACAGCUCCACAGUGGGCUCUCAGGCUGAGCACUCAGGCAUGAGGACCUACUACUUCAGCGCCGACACCCUGGAGGACAUGAAUGCUUGGGUCAGAGCCAUGAACCAGGCUGCACAGGUGCUGUCUCGAUCAUCACUGAAGAGGGAUGUGGAGAAGGUGGAGCGGCAGGCAGUUCCCCAGGCCAACCACACAGACGCCUGUCGAGAGUGUGGCCGUGUGGGACCCAGACAUGCAAGAGAUUGUCCUCAUCGUGGUCAUGAUGACUCCUAUGGCUUUGAGAGGCAGGAACAGGAGGAAGAAGGAUACCGUUCCCAGAGGGACCCACUGGAGGGCAAGCGGGACAGGAGCAAGGCCAGGUCCCCAUACGUGUCAGCUGAGGAGGAUGCCUUGUUUGUGGAUUUACCUGGUGGCUCGAGAGGCCAACAGGCACAGCCCCAGCGUGCAGAGAAGAAUGGCAUGCUGCCAGCCUCAUAUGGUCCAGGAGAGCAGAACGAGACUGGUGGGUACCAGCGGGCCUUUCCUCCCAGGACCAACUCUGAAAAGCACAGCCAGAAGAAGAGCAGCCUUGCUCAGGUGGAGCACUGGGCAAAGGCCUCGAAGGGAGACGGCAGGAGCCUUCCCUCGGAACAGACACUUCCUCGCCAGGGUCCUAGCCAGCCCCUGUCCUUCCCAGAAAACUAUCAGACUGUUCCCAAGAAUACCCGACACCCUUCGGGGAGUUCCUCACCCCCACCCCGCAACCUGCCGAGUGAUUACAAGUACGCGCAGGACCGAGCCAGCCAUCUGAAGAUGUCGAGUGAAGAGCGCCGGGCACACCGGGAUGGCACCGUGUGGCAGCUCUACGAGUGGCAGCAGCGCCAGCAGUUCCGGCAUGGUAGUCCCACAGCGCCCAUCUGUGCAGGCUCCCCAGAGUUCACUGACCAGGGCCGGAGCAGGAGCAUGCUAGAGGUGCCCCGCUCCAUCUCCGUGCCCCCGUCUCCCUCUGACAUCCCUCCUCCGGGGCCCCCAAGAGCCUUCCCACCCCGGCGGCCAUACACGCCAGCUGAGAGGGUUACUGUGAAGCCACCUGACCAGAGGAGGAGCGUGGACAUCUCACUGGGGGGUUCUCCCAGGAAGGCGCGGGGCCACACCAUCAAGAACUCCUCUCAUGUGGACAGACGCUCCAUGCCCUCCAUGGGUUACAUGACCCACACGGUCAGCGCUCCCAGUUUACAUGGAAAAUCGGCUGAUGAUACCUACCUCCAGCUGAAGAAAGACUUGGAGUACCUGGACCUAAAGAUGACAGGCCGGGACCUUCUCAAGGAUCGAAGUCUGAAGCCAGUGAAGAUUGCAGAGAGUGACAUUGAUGUCAAACUAAGCGUCUUCUGCGAACAAGACAGGAUCCUCCAGGACUCGGAAGACAAGAUACGAGCCCUUAAGGAGAACAAAGACCAGCUAGAGUCUGUGCUGGAGGUCUUGCACAGACAGAUGGAGCAGUACAGAGACCAGCCGCAGCACUUGGAGAAGAUUGCCUACCAGCAGAGAUUGCUGCAGGAGGACCUCGUGCACAUUCGGGCAGAGCUCUCCAGAGAGUCCACAGAGAUGGAAAAUGCCUGGAAUGAAUACCUGAAGUUGGAGAGUGACGUGGAGCAGCUAAGGCAGACCCUACAGGAGCAGCACAGAAGAGCAUUUUUUUUCCAGGAGAAAUCACAGAUACAGAAGGAUCUGUGGAGGAUUGAAGAUGUCAUUGCAGGCCUGAGUGCAAAUAAAGAGAACUUCAAAAUCCUGGUGGAAUCGGUCAAAAAUCCGGAGAGAAAAACAGUGCCUUUAUUUCCUCACCCGCCUGUGCCUUCACUCUCACCUCCUGAGAGCAAGCCGUCCCUGCAGCCCAGCCCUCCGACCAGCCCUGCGCGGACCCCUCUGGAAGUUCGACUCUUCCCCCAGCUGCAAACCUACAUGCCGUACCGACCUCACCCGCCCCAACUGAGGAAAGUGAUGUCCCCCCUUCAGUCACCAACCAAGACAAAGCCCAAAGUUGAAGAUGAGGCACCUCCCAGGCCCCCUCUUCCUGAACUCUAUAGCCCAGAGGACCAGCCCCCGGCUGUGCCACCUCUGCCAAGGGAGGCCACCAUCAUCCGGCACACUUCGGUGAGGGGCCUCAAGCGGCAGUCUGACGAGAGGAAGCGAGACCGGGAGCUGGGCCAAUGUGUGAAUGGGGACUCAAAGGUGGAACUUCGGUCAUACGUUAGUGAGCCUGAGCUGGCGACCCUCAGCGGGGACACAGCCCAGCCCUCUCUCGGACUUUUGGGCCCUGAGAGCAGGUACCAGACGUUGCCGGGUAGAGGGCUCUCAGGAUCCACGUCAAGGCUCCAGCAAUCGUCCAGCAUUGCUCCCUACGUCACGCUCCGGAGGGGUCUAAAUGCUGAAAGCAUCAAGAUGACCUUCCCUAGACCUAAGAGUGCCUUGGAGCGCCUGUACUCAGGGGACCACCAGCGGGGCAAGAUGAGCGCGGAGGAGCAGCUCGAGCGCAUGAAGCGGCACCAGAAGGCCCUGGUCCGUGAGCGCAAGAGGACGCUCAGUCAAGGAGAGAGGACAGGCCUCCCUUCGUCCCGCUACCUCAGCCAACCUCUCCCUGGAGAUCUCGGCUCAUGGAAACGCGAGCAGGACUUUGACCUACAGUUGCUGGAACGGGCCAUGCAAGGGGAAAGAAAGGACAAGGAGGAGAAUGGCUGGUUGAAAUUGCAGGCCAUGCCUGUCACCGAGUUGGACCUGGAGCCACAAGACUAUGAUUUGGACAUCAGCAGAGAGCUGUCCAAACCAGAGAAGGUCGCCAUCCCUGAACGUUAUGUGGAGCUGGACCCCGAAGAGCCGCCCAGCCUGGAGGAGCUGCAGGCGAGGUAUCGCAAAGCUGAGAAGAUCCGCAGCAUCCUCACCCGGUCAAGCGUGUCCAACCUGCAGUCCGCGGCAAGCCAGGACCAGAACAGUGUGGCCGACCUGGACUCUCAGCUGCAGGAGCAGGAGCGCAUCAUCAACAUCUCCUACGCCCUGGCGUCUGAGGCCUCCCAGCGCAGCAAGCAGGUGGCAGGUAAGGCCAGGGAUGCAGUCUCCCAGCCUGGGGUCUAGCCAGCUCUUCCCUGCGGCUCAGGGCCCAGAGUCACGAGUCAGUGGGGAAACCAGGUGUCUGGGUUGGCAGUCGAGGGUCACUAGUGCAUUCUCCUGACCAGAGAGUGUCCUGUUCAUGAGCACAGCAGGGCAGUGGACGGUGCAUUGGGCAGCCCAGGAAGUGGGGGAGAAAGCGUGGGAACUGGAGCACUGGAGUGUAAGAGGAAAGAGGUCCUGGGAGCAAUUAUUAUCCUUAAGUCCAGGGCUGGUGCUGCUCUUCAACUUUCUCUGAGAUAGUGGGUUAAGAACAGAUUUUUGAGGUGCCUGAGCCAUAGGAUCAAGGUUAAGGUUUCUGACCUCAUGAAGAGGGGACAGCAAAGCCAUUGGUGCUUGAAUUUCUUGCUGGGAUGAGGCAGAACGGGGCCCUUCUAGCCUUCCCUGGGACCCCGCUCAAAACCAAAGCCCCUGUUCACCUAAUCAGACUGCCCUGUGCCAGAAAGCAGGACUUGCGAAGGUGGGACUUUGCUGGCCAGGGUGGGUGAAUAGCACUGAGGGGUGCGUGUGUAUAAUGGUGUGUUUAUGUAUGUGUGUGUACAUUGGUGUGUGUGUGUGUGUGUGUAAAAUGGGUGCUUUCUCUCUGACCAGCCAGGAAAGGAACUCAAGUCUCUUCCCUCACCCACAUCGUACCCUCUGUGUGCCCUCAAAGUUCUCCUAGUCUCGUUUCUCCCCAGAUGCAGAGGCCACUGUGUCUAGGUGGUGCCUCUGGCCAGGUGUGCUCUAGGCUUUCUGGGGAGGGGGCAGUCAUAGAACCCGAAGUCAUAUCCACAGUCCCCACCAGUCCCCCCAACCCUGGCCAAAGGGUCUAGAAGUGUCUAAGGGUGGGGCCUGCAGGACCCUGAGAUGACUGGCCCUGGGGAGUCUUUUCUGGCCACUGUGUCUAGGUGGUGCCUCUGGCCAGGUGUCCUCUAGGCUUUCUGGGGAGGGGGCAGUCAUAGAACCCGAAGUCAUAUCCACAGUCCCCACCAGUCCCCCCAACCCUGGCCAAAGGGUCUAGAAGUGUCUAAGGGUGGGGCCUGCAGGACCCUGAGGUGACUGGCCCUGGGGAGUCUUUUCUGGGGGGGGCAAAAAUGGCCUCAGGCAACCAUGGAAGUGGCUGAGGACGAGGGGAGGGGCCAGGGUCUCAGCAGAAGGCCUGUUUCCUGUGCCCUAUGACCCCAUCCUCCACACUCAGCAGGCUGAGAGGUGGCCUCUGUAGUGUUCUGUGGCAGGGGAGGCAGGAGAUGCCUCAUCCAGACCGCCUCCUCCUAAUGACCUUGGGGCUCCCUAGCCUGUCACAGCAACUUUUGAGUCCCUGUCAAUGUGGAGGGUUCUGGCGGGACUGCUCUACUACCCUGAAGUGCUCUCCUCUCUAACCUGUGCUUGCUCUAGCUCUGUGGGUCAGUCACCCUCAGCUUUCUGCUCACCAGCUAACGAGCACACCAGACCUAACACCCUGUGGUCAGUUAGCAGGGCCUCUCUCACUUCCCUUCCAAGUGAUGCUCUUUCUGCAGCCUUGCCUCACUUUUGCUCCCUCUUUCCAUCUCAGAGACAUACCUGGGAACUGCAGGCCAGUCCCAGCCAGGCCCCCAUGGGUGUGUCCCCCAAGCCCAGGCCAUUAGUGGUGGGCAGUGGGGCCUGUGCAACACCCUCUCUGCCAAGUGGGGCGUCAGGCACUCUGGGAGCAGAUGAGGAGUCUAACGCACCACUUAAUUCCUGUGUGCCCCGUCUAGCACAGCAGCUGGUCCUCCUCCCGCCUAAAGCCCCUCUGUCCUCCAGGCCGACACCACCUUACCCCCCCUUAAGCAACGGACUC